CCAGCACAAUUUUAGUCACACAGAACACAGCAUAGAGGUAGGAAGGUUGAUCACUGGAGGUUUUCUGUCAACACUUGCUGUUUGACUGAAAUGCCAUUACAGUUUUAUUAGCUCCAAUCAAUCCUGUUGUUUCCGUCUUUCCAGCCAUCAGGUGUGUCAGCUAGCGAGCUUUAUGACAGACAAAAAUGUGUUUUCUUCAGUAACCACGAAGAGGGAUUGUUUGAGAAUGAAGUAGAAGUUUAUACUUUCCCAAACAUCGGAACAAAGAUUCCUCAUCAAACAUGGCUGCUACGCAGGAUAACAUGACGUGUGCAGUCUGCAGAGAAGUUUACAGGUCACCGAGGUUUCUGCCCUGUUAUCACACCUUCUGUCUAGAGUGUCUAGAGGAGCUGGCAAAGAGACAUGGAGACACCAUCCCGUGUCCUACCUGUAGAGCUCCUGCUACUGUACCGCCAGGUGGUGUGUGUGAUCUACAAGUCAACUUCUACUUCACGGAAGAAGCUCUGGAGCAGGCACGUAGUGAGAAAAGUCUGUCCAUGUGUCCUGUACACGCACAGAAGUGUCUUGUAUUUUACUGUACACAGUGUCACCAAGCCAUCUGUAUAAGAUGUAAGCUGACCAAACAUGAUGGACACGUUACAGAAGAUCUGGCAGACGCCGUCACUCGCUGUAAACAAACGAUUGAACAUGAACUGGAUCGUCUUGGUAAUCUCAUUGGUAUUCUAGAAUGGAAAACACAAUGUUUUAAAGAAAACAAGAAGUAUUUAGAAGAAAAACAAGUUGCAUUAACGAAGCAGAUUCAAGUCCGGCAUGACGCCAUUGUCGCUAUGGCAGGAAGAUAUCGUGACCAGGCGAUGAGAAAUCUUCAGGAAAUGUCAGAGAGUCUGAGGAGAGAGUUUACCGCCAUGACACAGCCAGUCACAGACGAGGUGAACUCCAUUUCCAAACUUCAGGAACGAGCUCGACGGGCGGUGCGUUCAGCCUGUGACACGGAGGUCCUGGAGAUGGAGAGAGAGAUGACACGGGGAGAAGGAAUCGCCGAGCGGUUGACAGAAGUAAUUGAUAGGUGGCCUUCUAUGACUUAUGUUCCUGGACUCCAUGGCGAUUUCACUAACGACAUUGAAAACUGCGUCAUGAUGUACAUAGGAUCGCCAGUGAAGCUGACAAAACAGAUUCAGAAUAGUUACAAAUUGAUUACCGAUAUUAGAUGCGGAGAUGGAGAAUGUCGUGAGGUGCACGCUUUGCGGCAAAAGGAGGAUAAACGUAUCCAGGUAUUUUAUGGGGGAACGGGAGGUGACUUCUCCAAAGAGAGGUCAGGGAUUUUCAUGAGAUACAGGCAAAGUGUUGUUGCUGAGCAUGAGUACGGAAAAAGAGUAUCACCCAUCACACGAAAAGAUCACAUAUUGGAAUGGGAAGGACAAGAGAAGAGAGUUCUUGCUUCAAAGAAUGCCGGCAUGUAUUGUAUAAAUCAGAACUGUACCACAGGUGAGUGUUUUAUAAGUUCAGUUAAGUUAGAACAAACAGACGAGAAGGAAACAUGGUGUUUCGGUUCUCCUUUAAUCUAUCCAGAAGUAAACAGGAUACAUAACUUUGAUGCUGACAAAGACGGGAUGUUGUUUGCUGUGGUAGACGAAGAUAAAGAUGAAACUUCAAAUGAUGAAUCAAUUAUAAGAGAUGAAGAGAACACGUGCAAAGAAAGGUCCCGUCGUGUUGUACGUGUUUAUUCCAAUAAAUGUAACAAAUCUGUAGCCACCUACACACCACCAGUACAACCGUUUUUCCCAACAGACGUGUGCUUUUGGGGCAAAAAGUUGGUGAUAUCUGAUUGGAUGAACGACUGUGUACACGUUACACAGGUAGAUAACAAUGAGAUCACAUUUGUCGACUACCUGCCAGGUGACAUAGUGCGGCCAACAGCUUUAAAUGUUGAUGUUGACGGCAAACUGCUCAUUGGGUGUGGCGAUGGCUUGUUUCUACGAGGUCUCCUUACCGCUUCUUGUUAUGAAAUGUAGAAGGUGUAUCCCAAUUACAUAUUUUAUUUGAAAUCAGCUUCUGCUGUGUGCAAAGAUUUGUUUUACACAUUUUCUUAAACAGUUGUGUUUAACCAGUUUCUUUUUUCUUCAUCCACACUAAUAAGAGGUUGUAUAUUCUGAUUGCUAGUGUACUGAAGAGAAGGUUGGUGCCUUUAUGCUUGCUACCAUUGAUGACAUUGAUGAGAUGGUAAGCAGACAUACACUCGUAGUCUGUGUUGUAGCGGCUUUGUGCUAAACACGGCAAAACACCAUCGUCGACAUUAAGUUAUGUUUAUUCACUUGCCUUAUUUGUCUAUAACGAGCUUUGUACCCUGUCAAUGUUUAAAAUGUGAAUAAAAUAAUCCCAGAGAUAUAUUUUAGAUUGUGGCAAACGCAAUGUUACCAGGUCACAUUAUAUCUGCAGCUGUCAGCUUUGCUUUUGUCUUUUUAACCAGCAGUAAAAGAAUGAAAGUCUGAUAAGAUUAUUGGAUUUGUGAUGUAUGAAACCAGUGAUAGAUGAAGUUAUCGUAUUAAUUACAUUAAUUUUUGGGGGAUAAAAAAUAUUUUUACAUUAUUUCUUAUUACUAGCACUAGCAGACUGAUACACAUGUUCUGUACCUGCACCAGAACUCACAUUUUGAGUUAGUGUGUAUUUGAUUAAACAGUCGAGCUGUCUUGUCAACAUUGAUAAAUAAAUGAGUGAAUGUAUUUUGUCACAGAAUAUGUCAUUUCGUACUGGUAGAUUGCAUUGGUUAUGAGUACUUUUUACAGUUAUAUAUGUUAGUUUCAUAACCGAUGAUUAUAUGGAGUGGUGUGAUGCCCAUUUCUUUCAAAAUAUUGUGCAAAGUUUUACGAAGACUGUGUAAAAUAGUGAUUAGUGAGUGAAAUGAACUGGACUGUUUAUUUGAUGGAUCAACGACCCGUUGAAAGUGAGGUGAAAUAUUGUUACAUGAUCAUCAAUCGAAAGAAAACAUAAACAUGCAUAAACAAUGAGAUGGGUUUUGUCACGUGUCGCUUGCUGCAGGGGUGGUGGAGGUGCGAGGGCCAGGAGGAUAGUGUUAUCUGUUCUAUGUGGGGGAGAGGGCUGGGUGUCGGGGGAGACUAGUAAGUAAGUAAAAGAUCCGCUUUGUAGUGAGAUGUAGGGCUGUGGGAGAUUGGAUGGGCGCACACCUGGCAGGGUCAGUAUUUCUGGUCUUGCAGAGUUAUAAGGAUGAGGAAUCUAGAAGUGUGGGAGAGAUGGAAGUUUUUAUUCACUCGAACGUUAUACCGUGAGUAGAUAUUGUAGGGAUUCGACAUUAACAAGAGCUUAGGUACGGAGAGAUACUGGCGUGCCGAGGAUGUUACUUGGUGUGGUCCCUCGCUUGGUGCAUGGGACGGAUCCUAUCAACCUGUACCUCGUAUUCCAUUCGUGGGAUCGUCAGUGAACUGUCAGCUGAGGACGGACUAUACUUACACCAGACUGCUGUGAGCUGCUGACCAUGCUGAAGUUGGGGAAAGGGGAGGAUGGACGGCGGUGGUUUUGUUUAGCACCGUGUUGCUCUUGGCAGUGGUCUGAGAUGAGGCUAUCUUUUGUUGUGUGUAGUCGAAUCUUUGUGUGGUAGUACCGGAUGAUUCGUUCUGUUUAUUUUAUAAGGAUAUUUGUUUGUAUGUUUGUCAAUGCUAUUCAUUGGCGCUUUUUUCUGUUUCGUUUUAAUUUCUUUGUGACUUUCUAAUAAACAUAUAUUUUGUGUGUGUUUAUCUGUUCACUGAGGAGCGGUUGGCUUCGUUUUAGGUUAUAUAUAUAGGAUGGAUUUUGUGUCGAAAGAAAACAACAGAACCUUUUCUGCUGCGUCUGUGAAAAAAUAAUUUUAAGUUGUUGUGUCUUUAAAAUGACAAAUAUAAAUUUACUACUUUUACAAAGACAUUACAUGUAAAGAAGUAUUUUUAGUGUAGACACAAUAUUCUUUUAGUAUGUCCUAGAUGCAAAAUUAUUCGUAAGGUGGAAUUACUUGCAAAUUUGUUGCUAUAACAGAUCUGAUGUGUUUUCUUUUAUUUGAGAACAAAUUUGGCAAUGGGAAAAACAUUUGUAAGUUUUGUUUUUGACAUAUCAUGCAAACGUUUGCGUGUGCCACUUCUUUGUUUGUGUGUACCUGCGCUCGUUACAUUUUUUUUAAUGUCGUUCAUUGUUAGCUCGUGUUGCCAGUCCAUGAACAGUGGAACAAAGUGAAUGCCAUGUGACUUCGAAAAAUCCGUAAAUAAUGUCAUUUCUUGAUGAAACUCUUCGAUGACUCAUUCUCUUCAGUAUGACUCCAAACGUACCUACAGACACAAUUUGGGAAAGCAGGAAUAAGUCCAUGUAGUUCACUUUCAAAAAUCUAAAUAAAGAAAUAGAAUUUUGUGAACACUGGCUUCUACACCAGCAUCUUACUGUAUCUUAUGUUCAUAGUGAAAUUUUAAAAAUGUGAAAGAAAAUUGUUACAUUAACUAAUAGACUUGGUUUGUGUUUGUUUACACUCUGCACCAUGUUAUCUUCGAUAAACAAGAAAUUGUUGUAAGUAAGCGACUGUAUCACAAUUUACAUAUGUCUGAAAGUCCUCGUCACACAAGGAUGACUAUACAGUGUAAUCGUAAUCAGCGUGGUGGUUUUUUUCCCAGACCAAAUAGUGUGUACAUAUUUUAUAUAUGCUGUUGUGUGCAAACUGUAUUUGAAAUCAGCUGCUGCUGUGUGCAGAUUUUGUUUGCACAUUUUUUCAAUUGCAUUUAACCAGAUCUUGUUUGUUCUUUGUCUUGUUGGUAUUUUGUUUGUUUGUUUGUUUUUUCAUCCAUGCCGUUUGCAGUAGUUGAUGACAUGCUGACGCAGUAUGAGAAACUUGGCUGCAAUAUGUCUCUAAAUGUUCACUUCCUUCAUUCCUAUCUGGAUUUCUUUUCUGACAACUGUGGUAUGGUUAGUGAUGAUUUUUUUUAAUCAAGAUAUUGCAGCAAUGCAAAAAAGAUAGCAGAGAAAAUUGUCCACUACCAUGCUGGCUGACUACUGCUGGACACUACCCAGAGAUGCUCCCGAACAUCUGUACAAGAGACAGGCAAAGAAAUGUAAGAUGUAGGCUAUGACGAUGUUUUACAGGUGUUAAACAGGUCAGUUACUAUAAACAUGAAUUUCUUGAUGUACACAAUAAUCAUUGCAGAUUACAAAAAAAAAACUACAGCGAAUUUUACAUUUUAAUUGUCAUAUUCGUAUCGAGCACAUAAAAGUUGAUAAGAAAUGACUAAUUUCAUUUCAGUUACAAGAUUUUUGUAAACAGUUGUUGACCAGUGUUACCUGUCUUUAGCUGGUGUUGUUAAUGUAUGUGCUUAAGAUGUGAAUAAAAUAAUCCCUGUAAUC